CCGGAUCUGGAUUUUUAGAAUGCCUGAAAUGCAAUUAUCUUGGCAGCCGGGGUUCUCGUUGUCCAGAAAGCCUGUCAGAAGGUCGAGAGCAUCUAGGGCCAGUGUCACGUUGGGCAGACGGCAGCAGUUCGAGUUUAUUGUCGAGCGUCCGGUUCUGGACCACGGAAUAGGAUCCACAGAAUCAGGGGUUGCAUUUGAGUCAUAUCGUCGCGGCGAGGAAAUUUCGCAAUCUGACCGCACCGGGCUGCAGCGUGGCCGCUAUUCGACGAACCAAUCUUCUUCACCGGGCGAAGAUGACUCUCGAGAGUCUCUGCUAGUAGACGAUAACUGGCAAAUUAAUGUAACAGGCCAUCAAUUGAGUGUCACCGACAACUGCAAAUUUUCCGAUCUCCACACAAUUGACGAAACAGAACUCCAACUUACCCUGAAUCCAUUCUAUGAGAAUACAGCUUCCCCUUCCUUCCCACCGAGCAUAGUCUACCAUGACCUCUACCAACGCUUCCACCCAGUCCUCAAAAGAUAUAACGAAGAAUUUUGCAGAAUCCCAUUAACAGCCGAUCUGGGAGUGAACCCGUUCCGGUACCGGGCACGCCGCGCUCCGGAGCCCAUGUUUCUGGUUCACGCCGUGAUGGCUUUGGCAGGUCAUCAUGUCGAGAGUACAUCAACCCAAGGGCAUCGUCAUGCGGCUAUUCAGCUGCUCCGCGAAGGUAUCGACAUGAACACCAACUUGGAGCAUGGCUACUCUAUACUUGAUGCAAUAAUCAUCUUGUUUUCGUUGGAUGAAACUCAGUCAGCCCUCGGGCAUUGGCGCACUCAUCUUCUCGGUGCAUACGGACUUCUGGAAGCAUGUGGGGGCAUCAACACAUGGAUCACCUCCGCUCGGACACAGGUACAAAUCGGGAUACUGCUUUGGUGGGACGCAAUAACCAGUCUCGUCAACCGAGAAGACUGCAUCUUCCCACACCCCUACUUCGAAACUCUUCUAUCGAACUACACUGGCAAAGAGUGGGACUUUUUCAGCCUCUGCGGAUGUCCCCUCCGCCUCGUGGAGGUAGUGAUGAAACUAUCGCGACUAAGCGCAGAAAAACGACAAUCAUCCUCAAUGCAACACGUCAUCUUCGACACCACCGUGCUAUCAGGAAUCGAGCAUACACUCGAAUCCUGGCACCACAUCUCCCCCGCAACCGCCUUCCAAGACGAAGAAAGCAUGCAACAAGACCAAGACAGGAUGCACUGCUCCGAGGCAUGGAGAAACGGACUUCUCCUCUACCUCUACCGAGUCUUCCACUGGAAACCCGGACACCGCGUCCCAGUGAGUAUUAUAUACCGCGCGAGGGUUAUCAUGGACCAUGUGGUCGCCUGCCGUGAUGAAAGCAUGGUAUCUCGUCAAGCCUUGCUGCCGCUCUUCUUUGCGGGGUGCGAAUUGCAGGACCCCGAGUCGCGGAGGAAGAUUCUGAAACUCUGUUCCGAGUGGAGUGAUAAGACGAGGUACCGUAUGUUUGGCACUACCAUUCCCCUGCUGGGGGAGGUAUGGGCUGAGCAGAGCUCAAGGGGGAUUGAGAAUGUGUGGUGGGGAGAGGUGGUUGAUAGACAGCGUGUGGGGGAUGAUACUUCACCUCUGAGGAUGCGGAUUUGUUUUGGUUAG